CCUCUACUUAACUUCACCUCUUGUGAUGCCACCCUGGGACUUCCUUUUCCUAUCUGCAGACUGCUAGUAGCUUCUGCACCACCAACUUCCUCUCCUGACUCCCGUUGGCUCCUGAGACUCGAUCUCCAGCUCCGCUCCUAAAGCCAUGAGACCCCAGCGGCUCCAGCAUCCCUCUCCCGGGGGCUCCCUGGCGUGGCUGCUGCUUCUCCUGGCGCUGCCGGGGGCCGCGCAGGGCUCGUUUGAGGUGAGAGUUUCGCCGGAAGCUGCCAUGGUGGAGCACGGAGGGUCCGUCUGGAUAAACUGCAGCCACACGUGCCAGGAUCCUGGCGCCAGGGGCGGCCUGGAGACCUCGCUCAUCAAAACCGAUAGUAAAAGUGGAGCCGGGUGGGCGGCCUUUCUCCUCGGCGGUAUCACGGAGUGGGUGUCGGCCCCUCAGUGCUACUUCACCUGCGGUGGAGUUACGAGUGUGGUGGCUGCAAACAUCUCCGCUUACCGGCUGCCGGAGCGGGUGGUGCUGGAGCCGCUCCCCGAGAUGGAGCUGGGCCGGGCCUAUAACCUGACGUGCCGGGUUCUGAACGUGGCUCCUGUCACGCACCUCACCGUGACCCUCCGCCAGGGGGGACGGACCCUGCACACGGAGACCUUCCAGAACCGCACCGGGACCGGACCCGACAACGUCACAGUGACCCACGAGAUCACCCCUCAGCGACGGGACCACGGGCAGGAGAUCACCUGCCACGCAGCCCUGGACCUGACGCCGCACGGGCCCCACUUCGAAAACAGCUCCUCCGCGGUGGAGCUCAAGGUUUAUGAUCUCCCGGAGGAGCCCCAGCUCCAAACCUCCCGCUAUAUCGAGGUGGGCACCAGGGCGACCGCCCGCUGUGGGGUGGCCGGGGUCUUCCCCGCCGCGGGAGAGGCCCGGUUCACCCUGUCCUUCGGGGGAGAGAGCCUGAACCUCACCGUCACCACGUCGGGCGACAUGGCCGCCGCCGAGGGCAAGGUUUGGUCCCCGACCCCGGGACAGCGCGAGCUGAACUGCACCGUGACCGUGGGGCCCGUGUCCAGAGCCGCAGGGCGGAGCGUUCUCGUUUACAGUCUCCCCGAGCCUGUCCUGGAGGUGACUGAGUCCCGGAUCCUCGUUAACAGCAGCGUGACCGUUACGUGCCAUUCCCCUGAGGCCGACCCCCAGGGCGUCCUGCUCCAGCUCAGAGACGCCAAGGGAGUCCUGGUCUCCAGCGCCCCCGCCCAGCCCCGUGUGCAGCUCCAGCUGAUGGCCAGCGAGGAAGACGACGGGAGGGAGUUCACGUGUGAAGCAAGGCCUGGCUCAGGCAUCCCCGCCGUGAAACGCACGUCCGCCAGGCUCACUGUCCUCUACGGGCCCAGGAUGGACGACUCCGGCUGCCCCAGGGAGUGGAUCUGGAAGGAGGGGACGGAGCAGAGCUUCUCCUGCCUGGCCCGGGGGAACCCAGCGCCAGCCAUGGAGUGCACGAGGGACGGGGUGUCCGUCAGCAUCGGGGUGCAGCGGCAGGUCAGCAGAGAGGACGCCGGGACCUACCACUGCAACGCAUCCAACGCGCACGGCUGGGUCAGCCGGGAUGUGACCGUCCAGGUGGAGUGGGCCGCGCAGGGCUCGUUUGAGGUGAGCGUUUCGCCGGAAGCUCCCAUGGUGGAGCACGGAGGGUCCGUCUGGAUAAACUGCAGCCACACGUGCCAGGAUCCUGGCGCCAGGAGCAGCCUGGAGACCUCGCUCACCAAAACCGAUUCUAAACGUGGAGCCGGGUGGGCGGCCUUUCUCCUCGUCGGUAUCACGGAGUGGGUGUCGGCCCCUCAGUGCUACUUCACCUGCGGUGCAGAUACGAAGGUGGCGGCUGCAAACAUCUCCUCUUACCGGCUGCCGGAGCGGGUGGUGCUGGAGCCGCUCCCCGAGAUGGAGCUGGGCCGGGCCUAUAACCUGACGUGCCGGGUUCUGAACGUGGCUCCCGUCACGCGCCUCACCGUGACCCUCCGCCGGGGGGGACGGACCCUGCACAUGGAGACCUUCCAGAACCGCACCGGGACCGGACCCGGCAACGUCACAGUGACCCACGAGAUCACCCCUCGGCGCUGGGACCACGGGCAGGAGAUCACCUGCCACGCAGCCCUGGACCUGAGGCCGCACGGGCCCCACUUCGAAAACAGCUCCUCCGCGGUGGAGCUCCAGGAGGCCGGGGCUGCAGAACAAUCCUUUAACGUGAGCGUUUGGCCGGAAGACUCCGUGGUGGAGCACGGAGGCUCCGUCUGGUUAAACUGCAGCCACACGUGCCGGGAUCCUGGGGCCAGGGGUGGCCUUGAGACCUCGCUCACCAAAGCCAAAAAUAAAAGAGGGCCCGGAUGGAUGGCCCAAGAGCUGGUCGGUAUCCGGGAGUGGGUGUCGGCCCCUCAGUGCUAUUUCAACUGCUACGGAAACGUAACAUGUGCAGUUGCCCACGUCACCACUUACCGGCCGCCGGAGCGGGUGGUGCUGGAGCCACUCCCAGAGAUGGAGCUGGGCCAGGCCUAUAACCUGACAUGCUGGGUUCUGAAUGUGGCUCCCGUCACGCACCUCACCGUGACCCUCCGCCAGGGGGGACGGACCCUGCACACGGAGACCUUCCAGAACCGCACCGGGACCGGACCCGACAACGUCACAGUGACCCACGAGAUCACCCCUCAGCGACGGGACCACGGGCAGGAGAUCACCUGCCACGCAGCCCUGGACCUGACGCCGCACGGGCAGCUUUUCCAAAACUCCUCCCCUGCGGUGGAGCUCAGGGUUUUUGAUCUCCCGGAGCCCCAGCUCCAAACCUCCCUCUAUAUCGAGGUGGGCACCAGGGCGCCCGCCCGCUGUGGGGUGGCCGGGGUCUUCCCCGCCGCGGGAGAGGCCCGGUUCACCCUGUCCUUCGGGGGAGAGAGCCUGAACCUCACCGUCACCACGUCGGGCGACAUGGCUGCCGCCGAGGGCGAGGUUUGGUCCCCGUCCCCGGGACAGCACCAGCUGAGCUGCACCGUGACCGUGGGGCCCGUGUCCAGAUCCGCAGGGCAGAGCGUUCUCGUUUACAGUUUCCCUCAGCCCGUCCUGGAGAUCGACCAGCCACAGGCCCUCGUGAACAGGAACGUGAGAAUCACGUGCAGUGCCCCUGCCUCCCAGCCCCCCGGCACUACCCUGCAGCUCAGAGACUCCAAGCGAACCCUGGUGUCCGGGUCCCAGCCCCACCUGCAGCUCACGCUGACCACCCGCAAGGGGGACAACGGGAGACAAUUCACGUGUGAAGGGAACCUCACCCUGGGCAGCCGUACCCUCGUAAAGAACACGUCCGCCCAGCUCAUCGUCCUCUACCAGCCUACGCUGGACGAGUCCGGCUGCCCAAGUCACCAGACGUGGCUCGAGGGGACCCCGCAGCAGCUGGCCUGUGAAGCCGACGGAAACCCGACCCCGGAGGUCUCCUGCAGCAAGGACAGCCAGGGGCACGGCCCCGGCGCUGUGCAGAACGUCACGAGAGGCCACGCGGGCGUCUAUCGCUGCAGCGCCGCCAACGCGCACGGGACGGCCGGCAGGAACGUGACAAUCCACGUGGAAUACAAGCCCACCAUGGACGAGUCCAGCUGCCCCAGUACCCAGGUGUGGCUGGAGGGGACCCUGCACACCCUGGCCUGUGAGGCGGACGGGAUCCCCGUCCCCCGCGUCCCGUGCACCAAGGAGGGAGCAGCUGACGAGUUUGGCGGCGAGCGGAACGUGAGCAGAAAUGACUCCGGCACCUACCACUGCACGGCCACGAACCGCCUCGGGUCAAUGAAGAGGAGGGUCACCGUGCGGGUGGAAUACAGGCCCAUCGUCUUGCUCCUGGCCGUCAGCCCUUCUGACACCGUCCCACGCGGCGCCAACUUCAACAUCAGCUGCCGUGCCGAGGGCUCCCCGGCGCCUGCCUACCGCUGGACCGUGCCCCCCGCCCCCAACAUCCACAGCUCGGCCGAUAACAGCACCGUGAGCGUGGCCGGCGCUGACCGGCACAACCGCGGCGUUUACGUCUGCAGAGUCUCCAACGCCCACGGGCAGCACCUGGGCCAGGUCCGAAUCCAGGUGACAGAUCACAGACUCAUCAUCGCCGCCCUGAUCGCGGGGGCGGCCGUGCUGCUGCUGGGUGGGACGGCCGGGCUCGUCUAUUACCUCAAAUCCACCGCCUGCAAGAAAGGCGAGUACAACGUGCAGGACGCCGAGAGCUCCGCCAAAGCCACCUGCCUCGGCCGCGACGGUGCCGUCUACGGGAUACAGCUCACCCAGACCUGAGCCGGCCGGCGGCCGGAGCCACCCACGCCAGGGCUGCUGGAGGGGAACCCGGCGGUGCGUCCCAGCAGCCGGGGCGCUGGCCAGGCUGGCUGGUUUGGUUGGUUGUUCGUUGUUGCAUCCGUCCUCUGGCCACUUUGGAAGCUCCUGCCGAGCUGUGUUCUCUGUCCAGACCCAGCCUGUCUCCAUCCAACCACCUCCGCGUGCAGCUUCUGUCCCUGGAUCUUUCUGGCCUCGGAUCUGCUCCUCCCCCUUUCCCUUCCGCAGCCCUGCCCCGUGGCCCUGGUGGAACUUCCGGUACCUUGCCUUAAAUAUGGGAAAUGGGUCGUGAGCUGGCCCCGACCAGGCCAGGAUUGUACUGGAGCGCGUGGGGUGCAGGGUGCCUAACCCAGCGCCUGGGUGGACUGGCAUGGGCAGGGGACAAUGGGUACGUGAACGUCUAGGUCCCAGAUUCCAACCCGGGGGAGGCAGGAGCCACCAAGCACAGUCAGGGGCCUGCGGGGAAACGAGUGUGCUGGGUCUCUGUCCCGUGCUGGCAGGAAUGGGCCAGUCUGUCCUCAGAUAUAAGAACAUACGAACAGCCAGACGGGGGGCAGACCCAGGGUCCAUCCAGCCCAGUGUCCUGUCGGCCGACAGGGGCCAGUGUCAGGUGCCCCAGAGGGAGUGACCAGAACAGGGGAUCAGCAAGUGACCCAGCCCCUGUCGCCCAUUCCCAGUGUCUGGCGAACAGAGGCUGGGGACCCAUCCCUGCCCAGCCCGGCUAAUAGCCAUUGAGGGACCAGCCCUCCAGGAUCUUAUCGAGUUCUUUUUUGAACAGACAGAACAGCUGGGGGCCGGCGUGAGUCAUGUGUCCUGCUAGGAACUGCGCUGAGACCCAGCAAACUCGUUUCAUCACAGGCCACUAAGUCUCUGGUCUGAGCACCCCGGGCCCCCUGUCAGUCAGCGUUUGGGUGCAGCUCCCCCAGGCUGCUCCUGCUCCGGGGUAACGACACGCACGGGCUGUUAAACUUCCCCUCCUGCCUCAGAGACAGCCAGGGACCCCCCAGCUCGCAGUGAAUUCUAGUGUUUCUGGGCCCUCGGAUGGUGCAAAUCAGCAUAGCUGCACCGGCCCGAGCUCUGACUCCAGCGUGAGUUGCGUUGGCCGUGUGGUGCUGUCGCUCGCUCCAAUGUCCGGGGCCCGGCGAGCUGUUCUUUAGCGACAAUGUAACACCACAGCGUGUUUGUGGGAGUGUGAGUGUUGUGGGGCAGAACUGACCAGCCGCCCCCCGCGUCCCAGGGCAGAAUGCCAUAGGAAACCUGCAAACGCCAGGAAAAAAGCCUCCAUCUGCUGGCUUUGCGCAAUUUGUACCGGCCCAGCCGCUGUGGCUCUCUCUCCAGGCCGACUUAAUUACCAGCACAGACUUUGUUCUCUAGCAACUGACAAAUUUAGCACAUCGGUGACAGCCUCAGGGCUGAGCUGCAGAGAAAACCAGCUCCUUGGCACGCGCCUGGCAAGCCGCACGCGACGCCGGUGGGAAAAGCAGCUUGCAGGGUAGCGUGCUGCCGGCUGCCGGCCUCGGGGCUCUGCGCGCUCAGCGAAGACGUGGGAUAGCCAGGCGGCUCGGUGCUGGGCCCUGCCGAGCGAGGGCCAGACCCGCCGCUGGCGCCAGCGAAUGGGUUUGGUGGGAUCCCCAGUCAUGGCCCAAGGCCCGAUUGUGCAAGGCGCUGUACGUUAUGUAUGAAGAGCCCACCGCUCCUGGGCCAGGACGCCCUGCACUAAGCUCUGUACAGACACGGACCUGCCGCGUUAAAUCAUGGAGCCAGGCUGCUUUACACCAGCGGACGAUCUGGCCCGUAGACAUAACCAGCCUCUCAAACGCCUGUGAUUGUCUUUCACGCUCGAGGCAGGUUUUAUAGAGACACCCGGGGCUCGAUUUUCCUCCUGUUACGUGAGCGGAAUGUUUGAGUUUCUUUUGUUUCGUUUUCGGACUGGGCGGGGGUGGGGGGGGUCCAUCCAGCCUGUCCCGGCUCAUCCCACCCAGGCCGUGGGAGUCCCAGGAGGGGCCAGCCAUGGGCUAUUCUGCUACCGGGGAAUUCUCUGCCCUGGGGCCGAUGCUGGCUCCUGCUUUGGAAGUGGAAGAUUUGGGGACAGGUUCAACCCAAGCAGCUCUGCUGAGGACGUUCCCGCUGGAGCAGUGGGGCUCCUGGGCUAAGGAUCCUACCAGCGUGGUGCUGACCUGAGCCGGCGCCAACCCACCGCCUUCGCCAGGAGCCGCGUCCAGGCAGAUUUCCAGCAGCAGGUGGUCGGAGACGCAGCAGCAGAGCUGGCUCUGUUCAAACCCACUUUGCGCCGGCAGCAGUGAGGGGAAGGAGCGUGGCGGUAGCUCGAAGCCCCCUUUGCACUCCCCGUUUUCCACCCACCCCUGGGUGCAAGUGACGCUCUGCGUCCCACGCCCACCUGGCACGCUGAGAAUCCCCGUGGAGCCUCGCGGCUACGGCCAGACGCUCCGUCUGUCCCCGGGAUCGAGCCCUUAGGCCAUCUCUGCACCGGCCGGCCCCCUGCCCCACGGGGGAUUUCUAAAGGGCUGCUGCCACCCACCGUGUGGCCCCUUUCUGCGGUGACCUGAGCAUCGCAGAGACUCAGGCUGGGAGCCAUCUGAGCUCCCCGCCGGCCCCCAGCGGCACUUUGUAGAGGGUUUACACAGGCUCAAAGAUCCCAGUUCAGCCGCAAGCUACAACGGGAUGUAACUAAUGAAGGGGUUCGUGUGGGGCGGGUUUCGCUAAUGACGAUGGGUCCUGCUCUGCCAGCUUGCCAAGGGCUCCUUGCACUGGUGAGGAGCUGGUGCUUUGCACAGGCGGGGUUCCAGGGCUGUUUGCCAGCCGAGUUUCUAACUGCUUGUGUAUGUUCUGGCUCCCGCCCCCGCAGCACGGGCCUGCAUCACUGCAAGCUGCGCUAUAAUUCAUGUUCCGUAAGGACGUUGGGGGCGGGCGGGGGCCCGCGGCUCCCUUCCCACUCAUAGCUCCGGAGCACUGGCAGGGCUGGCCUCGCAGCUUGGGAAUGGCUUUAAAACGUGCUUCCCAGAGGAAUACGAAAGGACAAAUCGGUAAGGUUGGGUUUAAAAACCAGGGCACAAAAAGCUGUGAGAAUAGUUCCCCAGUGCCACCCCCGCCGGGCCCGAGCGCUCCCAGGGCUGCAGCAAUGACUCAUUCUGCACGCCUACAACGUGCAGCAAACGCCACAACGAGAGCACCUUCUCCCCCUCCCCGGGGGCUGGUAUACCUGGGGGGUAGCUGGGCUUUGCUGCAAUGGACCUAGCACUAGCCACCGGAGCAGGGAUUUAGUCUGUUAUAUUAGGGUGCAGCGUGUUUCAUUGUAUUUCCUAACACGCCACAUAAACUACAGGCAAACGUGCUCAGGGGGCGUCACACCAGUCGUGCGAGAGUGACCGUGAGCGCCGCUGUUGCUGGUUGUGCGGUUGGAUGCGGCCUAGCCCUGCUCUUUGCUAGGCUCCUAUGCAUGCGAGGGUGGGUUUGGUGCCAGCGUUAAGAAGCCGCACCGGGGUGAGUUUCUGUGCCAGUUCUCUAGCAGCUUGAACCUUCGCCUCUCCCCCUGGCCCAGCCGGCAGUGUUUUACUGCUGAGAGCACGGGCAGCAGGUCGGCCUGCCGGCCGCUCCAGAAUCGGCAGCUGGGGAACGGGUGAAAUUGUGGAGCAUGAGCCUUUCCCGAGCGCGUGAGGCUCUCUCACAGCGAGGGCUGGAGCUGCCGGAACCCCAGCGUGUAGCCGCAGCCUAUGCCAGCGAGCGGGGUUCGGCCCCUGGCACAGGAACAGCACCUCCCCAAGCACGGGGAGCUCAGCUGCCAGAAGCCUUCACCCCCCGCCCCCGAGUUCUGUCUACACCAAGGGUAGGCAACGUAUGGCACGCGUGCCGAAGGCGGCCCGUGAGCUGAUUGCAGGGGCACUCACCCUGCCGGGUCCUGGCCACCGGUCCGGGGGGCUCUGCAUUUUAAUUGAGUUUUAAAUGAAGCUUCUUAAACAUUUUAAAAAC